AUGAAACAAAUCAUAUUUUUUCUAAGUUUCACAGCACUAAACGUCCAAACAAAAUAUAUCGAAGGCGAGCUGAACACCCAAGAAAACUGGGCAUUUCUAACAAGAUUUUGCUUCUUAAGCGACGAAGGACAGUUCGAGUAUCACAUUGAGUUCAAUGAGGACCAAGGUGAUCCUAAUUUACUUCUUUACUACGAUACAGUCGACCAAUGGCCGGCCGUUUAUAAAAGCAACAAGUCGUGCAAAGAAAAGGAGGAAGUACUGCACAUAGAUCAGAACCAAAUCGUUAAUUUGACGGCCAGACACACGACCCUAGCCUCAGGUUGCGAGUAUAAAAAUUUUUAUACAACUAGCAGACCAAAGUACACUUUGAAUUUACCUACUAUACCUACAAAAAAGUACAACAGAACAACAACAACAACAACAACAACAACAACAACAGCAACAACAGCAGCAACAACUACAGUAGAAACCACAAUUGGAACAACAACUUCAGUAACCACACCAACAGAAACAGUUACAGCAACAGAAUAUUCAAGUGCAGAACCAGAAAGCACAACAGAACCGAUUGCUACAACAAUGCAUCCGACAAGAUCAAAAAGAUCGUUGCAGCAAACGAUAAAAAACAUAAGAAUCGGCAGAACGUUGGUGUGUCACAAUGCAAGGCGUUUCAAAUCAAGCAGAGAACGUUGGUGGUACAUGGCGAUUUCCAAUUGUAACGGAACAAAGGGGAUUCACAUAAAGUACAAAAUCUUAAUGACGAACGGAGCACCAGGCGAUUAUUGGCACGAACAUUUCAGCGCUGAUGAAUUUUACAUCCUACCGGUUUUGAUGGCCUUUUCAAUCGCCUAUUCGUUUCUAAUGUUGGGUAUUAUAAUGUGUUCGUUGGAGCUGAAACAACGUCAACUUCUGCACACCACUUACAAAAUAUUCGUUUUAUCUGUUGUGGUACAAUUGUUCGGAAUUUUGGUCCAGAGCAUCGUUUACCUCAAAUAUUCGGUCAGCGGAAUCACUUCCACGAGAGUCAGACGCUUUGGUCAAAUUUUGAUGGGAGUUUCCGAGACCACGUUCCUGCUACUGCUGCUUCUUUUAGCCAAAGGAUAUACGAUAACCCGUGGCCGAUUACCGCUCUCAUCCAGCGUGAAACUUACCAUCUUCAUGUGCCUCUACACAGUAACUUAUCUGUCGAUUUUCGUUUAUGAAGCGCAUGUUUUCGACCCCGGAGAAGUACUGUACUUGUACGAAUCGCCGGCUGGCUACAGUUUGAUUACUUUAAGGAUUUUCGCCUGGUUUAUGUUCAUUUAUUCCACCGUCUUCACUUUGAAGCGGUACCCGGAAAAAGGAAACUUUUACUAUCCUUUCAACAUUUUCGGGACACUGUGGUUUGUUGCAGGACCUGCCUUUAUACUGUCAGCCAACACGUACAUUGAUAAAUGGGUGAGAGAGUCAGUCGUUUGUGCUGUUCUGUUGUUUAUCACCUUUGGAGGACAUUUAAUGUUCCUGUUGUUGACUAUGCCUUCGGUGGCCAACAAAAACUUCCCUUACCACGUUAGAACCACUCAAAUAGGAAUCAUGGAACUAACCGGUGGUACUGGUAAUAGUACGAUCGAAAAUUUCGGUCACCACGUUUACGAACCAACUUAUACAACAACCAGGGAACAAACAGUUAUCAUACCACUUACUAGAAGAACCGAAGAGAUUUUUGAAGGAAUGUAUCCUCAAUCGAGCUUUAGAAGACGUGAGGUGCCGAAUAUAUCAAGUAAUUUGGCACUAGAUAACGGACUACAGAAUGUUUUAAGUUGGUCCAAAGCUAAAAAUGCUCCACCCGCAAUUGAGUUGGAACCAGAAAUUUCGGAACAAUCUUCUUCAAAACAAGAAGAACUAGUAACAAAUGCUGUUCACAGAAGAUACAGUAACACUAGUAGUAUCCCAGAAGAUGAAAAUCCGAGUAGUGGAUAUUUAUCGGAUUAUGUUAAAGAUGUGCCGAUUGAAUUGUUUACUGUUAGUAAAAUGGUCGUCACGACGCAUCACAAAAUUGAAUCACCUACAGAAUUGAAUAAUUAGAAUUUUUUUCUUGUCUUUUUUGCUAAUAAAAAUAUUUAAAUUCA